AUGAUAAGUAUACCAUCAUCUCCGGACAAAGACAAGAAAAAAGUCUCAUUUGUGCGCUACAAUCCAGAUAUACCUCAGAUCGUUACUUCUUUCAAAGGAUAUCAAAAAUUAAUGUUUCAAGGAUAUAGGUAUAAUAUUUAUCAGUCCCAACUCUUCAUGGCAGCAUUGGAAAAUCCUGAUCUCGAUGCUGGAGACCUUGUUAAUCAAGCAUGCGAUUACCUCAGCCAUGGAGUCGAAUUCGAAAACAAAGAGAGUUUGCGCAAAAGCAUCCAACUGGCACGCUCAAGAGUGGGGAAACCUCGCAAGCCCAGAGCUCGGCCCGUGAACCCACAAAAGAGGAAGCUGAUGAUGUUUGAUGGAUUAGACGACAUAUUGAAGACGGAGGAGGAUGACGACUACCCGAUGCAGGUCAUGAACGACAACAUUAUGGCAAGUUUGAUGAAAGUGCCCAAGACGGACAGAUCCGAUACUCCAUGUGAUGCCGGCCUGCCUCUAUUCAACAAUGGUCUUUCAAUGGUGAAACCCGAAUCUCCGUUUCGUCAGACGGCAGCUGUACCUCCUCAGCCAAAACCCGUGAACGAAGUGCCAAAUUCUCUGCUUCAGGCUAAUCUACUUAAUGGAAUCACAGCCCCGUGGUUAAGCGUUGUCGACCCAGAUACGAUGUCAUUGUUUUGGGCGAACAUCCUAAGUCCUGGUAGCAUGGAUGUGCUCUCCACAUUUGCAGCAUUAUCUAAACCAAUUAUGGCUCCUCAACCAAAACGAGAGGGGUUGCAAUCUGGAGCAAUAAACUUCCGUUAA